UAUGGGGAAGUGGAUGUCAUUCUUUCUUUUCAUACCGAGCUCAGGCAAAUCCGGGGUGUUGGGUUUUAUUGCGUUUUCAGAAAAUGUCUGUUGAAUUUUGAGUAAUUUCUUUGACUUCUGGAUCUGCAACUGGGUGAUUCUGUCAUUAUUUGGCUUUCUUUGAUUUGUUUUUUUAGAGCUGACACGUUUGUCUCCUCGUGUUCAGUGUCAGACGAAGUGUGAACUCAAUCUGAGAGUGGUUGCUUUCUUUUGGAUGCUUGUAGACAUUUAGGAUUUUAUAUUCAUUAGUGAAAAACAAUGAGUUUUGGAAGUUUGCCAUCCAAAGCCGAGGUUCUGAACUGGGAUUCACAUUGCUUGGCAGACUUUCUGAAGAAGCGGAAUCUGACGGGGUGUGAUAAUGUUGUCAAGCGAUUUAACAUCAAUGGACAAAGAUUCCUGAAUAUGUCUGAAAAUGACCUUCGAAGGUUCCCACAGCUUCAUGCACCACUCAUCUCCAAGAUCUGUCAGGAAAUCUGCAAAGAGAAGAAGAGAUUCUUUGGAAUGAGGCCCUCACAACCAGUUCCCAGCUACCCACAACCAGCAGCUGAGCAACGUGAGGACCAAGCAUGGGACUCUGAAGAGUUUAGUGAUGAUGAAGAUGACUAUGAGGAUCCAGACUCAAAUAAUGAUGGUGAAGCCAGCGGUGGAGAUUACGAGUCGCCGGCGGACGGUUCAGACAGUGACAACAGCUAUGAGCCACCACCGAGUGAGCCGUCUGAAGACAAGGCCCAGAUCUGUCCUGCUAAACCCAUGGACAACUGUGAUUACAUUGAUAAUAACCGAACACGUGUUGUGAACCGAAGUCAACCUCCUGUCCCUCCAGAGCGACCAGGCCCUGGACCCUUAGUGCCCCCUGUAGACCGGCCAAGUGUUGGAAUGCAUGAGAGAAUGAGAGAAGAGAGACCCCAGACUCCGAAAAGACCAGCAGCACCCGCUGUGGACCGCAGUAAAAAACCAGGAACUCUGGACAGAAGUCACCCUCCAGCUGUAGCAGGAGGAAGAGGAACUAGCUCACUUGAUAGAGCCAACAAUCCGCCAAGAAGCGUUAAUGCUGCUCCUUUCAGAGGGCCUGCAAUGGAGGCGCCAGGAGACCCAAUGAGGAUCCCCAAACCCUCCCUGCCUCCAUCAUUAGGGGUGCGCAGAAGUGCCUCUUCUGUUACACCCGGCUACUCUCAAAACAGACAUCUGGACCAGAGGCACGAGUUUCAUGAUGACACUGCCAGGCAAACCUCCAACACAUUUCCACUGCAUGCCAGGAAUCCGUCACCGAGACCGCCAGGAACACACGGACAGUCUUUUCAAACCGACAGCGUUAAUCCCAGUCGAUCACUACCUGCUAAACUGCAGGAGGCAAUGACUGAUCACCGGAGAAGUGCAAGAGCUCCACCUCCACAGACAGACAUGGGCGGCAGACAGGACAUGGAUCCAGCUUGGUAUUUGGGUCAGAUCACCCGCGGUGAGGCAGAAAGCUGUCUGAGAAGGGUUAACAGGGACGGGACAUUCCUUGUGCGAGACAGCUCAAAUCGGUCCUCUAACCAGCCGUACACGCUGGUGGUCCUCUACCAGGACAAAGUUUACAACAUUCAGAUCCGCAGAAACCAAGAUCGCUUCAUGCUAGGCACCGGAAUGAAAGCAUCUGAGCAGAGUUUUGAGCGGGUCAGUGACAUUGUCAACCAGCAUAAACACGCGCCUCUCCUUCUCAUUGAUGCUAAGAACCGAGAAUCGGGUCAACAGAAGCAGUGUGCUCUGAUUUAUCCGGCUGGAUAUUAAACAUGAUCAGUGACUA